CCACGCGGCCCGUCCGCCGGCGUCCUGGAGGACUGCACUCGUUUCCUUUUUGGCUGCGAGCGGUCCCUCCGCCGUGGCUGAGCUCGGAGAAAGAUGGCGGCUGCCGUGCGCCAGGAUUUGGCCCAGCUCAUGAAUUCGAGCGGCUCUCACAAAGAUCUGGCGGGCAAAUAUCGGCAGAUUUUGGAAAAGGCCAUUCAGUUAUCUGGAACAGAACAACUAGAAGCAUUGAAAGCUUUUGUGGAAGCGAUGGUGAAUGAGAACGUCAGCCUGGUGAUCUCAAGGCAGCUUCUGACAGACUUCUGCACGCACCUCCCUAACCUGCCGGACAGCACUGCCAAGGAUAUCUACCAUUUCACCUUGGAAAAGAUCCAGCCUCGGGUCAUCUCCUUCGAGGAGCAGGUUGCUUCCAUAAGACAGCAUCUUGCAUCUAUUUAUGAGAAAGAAGAAGACUGGAGAAAUGCAGCCCAAGUGUUGGUGGGGAUUCCCCUGGAAACAGGACAAAAACAGUACAAUGUAGAUUAUAAGCUGGAGACUUACCUGAAGAUUGCUAGGCUGUAUCUGGAGGACGAUGACCCUGUUCAGGCUGAGGCUUAUAUAAAUCGAGCAUCCUUGCUUCAGAAUGAAUCCACAAAUGAACAGUUACAAAUACAUUACAAGGUUUGCUAUGCACGUGUUCUUGAUUACAGAAGGAAGUUCAUUGAAGCUGCCCAAAGGUACAAUGAACUCUCUUAUAAGACAAUAGUCCAUGAAAGUGAAAGACUAGAGGCCUUAAAGCAUGCUUUGCACUGCACCAUCUUAGCAUCAGCAGGACAGCAGCGCUCUCGGAUGCUGGCUACUCUCUUCAAGGAUGAAAGGUGCCAGCAACUUGCUGCAUAUGGGAUCCUCGAGAAGAUGUACCUAGACAGGAUCAUCAGAGGGAACCAGCUCCAAGAGUUCGCUGCAAUGCUGAUGCCUCACCAGAAAGCAACGACAGCCGAUGGUUCCAGCAUCUUGGACAGAGCUGUCAUUGAGCAUAACUUGUUGUCAGCAAGCAAAUUAUACAACAAUAUCACCUUUGAAGAACUUGGAGCUCUUUUAGAGAUCCCUGCAGCCAAGCACGAGAAGCCUUGCCAACAUGGGACAAACAAAUCCAAUCACUUUGUUUCCAAGUAAAUAACCUUCUGGAGAAAAUUAGUCAGACAGCCCCAGAGUGGACGGCACAAGCCAUGGAAGCCCAGAUGGCGCAGUGAGCCCCUGCACAGCUGUGCACACUGCAUCUUUGCCCCUUCGUGCGGACUGAUGCCCCUUACCCUCUAGAGCAUCUGCAUCGUGACCUACACAUUUCAGCUCUUCUAUGCGGGUUCCUAUUUAAAGAGGACAUGAGAGCAGGAAGCGAGGCACUUAGAUAUAGCAGUGCCCAUAUACCCUGGGUCUGUGUGUUAAACUAACUCACAUGUUCUGAAAACUUGUUCUUUAAGCAGAAAUGAAAGUUCUGAUGUUUGCGAUUUGUGGUAACUUUGUAGUCAUAUCAAACUUAAGUGCUUUAUGCCUCUCCAAAUGUGGUUACUCUAAUAAACAAGCCAUGAGCUGAAUAAA